AGUAACAGCUACAGAUUAUGACCAAGGCUCUGCAGGUCAGGUGUUUUACCUGAUGUUUGGUCAAAACAAACAUAUGGGCUUUGAAAUUAACAAACACUCUGGAGAAAUAUACACAACUGGCAGUUUGAGACAACAGGGCAACAGUCACGUAGUUUUGAAAGUUCUAGCGAAGAAUUCUGGUGUUAUCACCGGCAUGGAUGAAGACGAGGCUUUGGUUCACAUCAGUGUGAUCGAAACAAAUGAUGCACCGGUUUUUACCUCUGCACUUUAUUUGGGCAAUGUUGCAGAAGAUAGCCCAUUUGGGACAUCUGUGAUAACUGUGAGUGCUGUAGAUGAGGAUUCUAUCUUGGACUGGAAUCGUUUCUUCUUCAGGAUUCAAAAUGGAAACACAAACUUCUCUUUUGCCAUUGAUCCUUCAAGUGGUGUUAUAUCAGUAAACUCUACACUUGACAGAGAAAUGUGGCCAGUGUAUAAUCUGACUGUUACAGCCACUGAUAAUGGCUCUCCACCAUCCACUGGGACUACUUAUGUGACUGUCACUAUUGACGAUAUUAAUGACAACACUCCCAUACUCUCAUCUAUUGAGGCUCAAGUGAAGGAAAAUCAGCCUAAAGGCACAUUAAUUGCAACUUUAAAUGCAUCUGAUUCUGAUUUGCCACCAAAUCAGGGACCUUUUACUUACUGGUUGGUUAAUCUUUCGACGGGUAGUGCUUUUUCCCUGACUACUGACGGAGUUUUAUUUACCACACGGACUAUCGAUCGGGAGCAAAUCUCUUCAUAUCGAGUGUUGGUGGCUGUUAGAGAUGCAGGGAUCCCUCCACUGUCAUCAACAACAAUGAUCCACAUCAAGGUCAUAGAUGAAAACGAUAAUCCUUCACUGCCUAGAAAUAUCUUCAUUGAGGUGAAAUACUUUGGCAGUUCUUUCCAUGGAGGCCUGAUCGGUAACGUCCAUCCUGAAGAUCAGGAUGAGUCUGAUACAUUCUACUGCGCCAUCAAAAGUGGACAACUCAAUAUGUUUACAAUACCUAAUGGCACAUGUGAGCUGAUGUCAUCUCCUUUUCAAGGCGAGGCUACAUUUAACAUCACUAUCGAGGCUACAGAUCAGCUUCACUUCCCAGUGAACAACAGUAUCUAUGUAAACUACAAAGGCUUCACUAAUGCAACUUUAGACAGCUGCAUAUUAUUCUAUGUGUCAUCAUCCUCAAUGGAAGAGUUCAUGUCUAAUAAGUAUUUGCGCUUUGUGAAAGCUUUAGAUAGUCUGUUUAACCUUCAGGCCUCUAAGACUCAUGUAUUUGGAAUUAAGCAUCUUGGCAGUGAAAUUCUUCUAUUGGCUGUGGCGAAAAAUUACAACGGUCAAUAUCUUAGCAGAGAGGUGGCCAGUGGUAUUUCUGUAAGCCAUAGGAAAUUACUGGAGGCUCAGAGCAAUGUGACGCUUUCUCGCAUCACAAGUGAUCCCUGUCUAACCAGCCCAUGUCAAAAUGGAGCAACAUGCAACAAAAACAUUUACAUCAGCCGGGAUGUAGCUGUCCUGGAAAGCUCAGCGGUCAUCUUUGUGUCACCCCAGAAAGAGAUUUUUAAUUGUACCUGUCCAGCUGGCUUCACUGGGGAACUGUGUGAAGAUGACACUGAUGAAUGUCAGGUAAAUCCUUGUGAAAAUAAAGGCACAUGUGUGAAUACUCCAGGAAGUUUCUACUGUCACUGUCAGAGCGGUUUCUCCGGCUUUUUCUGCUCUCCUGAUGAAGAUAAAUGCUUGAAGGUGAAGUGCCAAAACGGAGGAGCUUGUAUUCCCACUCAGGAUGGAUAUCACUGUCACUGUGUGCCUGGAUUUGAGGGAGAAAUGUGUGAGCAGCCAAUUAACCACUGUAGAUCAACCCCUUGUGUUGAGGGCAGCUGCACCAAUUCACAGACUGGAUUCUCUUGUCAAUGUCCCUUUGGAGUCAGUGGAGUCCACUGCGAGGAGCAAAGUUAUGGCUUUGAGGAGUUGUCCUUCAUGGAGUUUCCCCCGUUGGAUCGCAGAACCAAUUUAAUCUCUCUAGAGUUUGCAACGGUACAGAGGAAGUCUCUGCUCCUGUACAACCCUGGAGGAACAUCCAGCAGGGAGUUCUUUGCAUUGGAGAUACUGGAUGGGGUCAUACAUCUCUCUUAUGACCUGGGCUCUGGACCUGUGAGGCUACACACAAACAAACAAGUGGCAGACGGAUAUUUCCACAGUGUCACUGCCAGGAGGAUUGGGAAUAUGGGUUCUUUGCAUGUGGACAACUGCACAGAUGAGGAAAAAACAGGAUUCUGUUUUUCACAGAGUGCUGGCAGUAGCUUAAAGAGAACACUAGAUGUUGGCAGUAACAUGAUGUUUGGAGGAAUCAAGACCUUUGAAUCCGUUUUACUGCAUCCUGGUCAGAUAAAAACCCAUGACUUUGUCGGAUGUAUUCGUAGCAUUCAUGUGAAUGGCAUCUUGCUGAGACCUUCAAUGGCCCUAGCAACAUAUAACAUCCUUGAUAGGUGUCCUCGGACAACACCAUCACCAUGUCAUAGCAACCCAUGUCAGAACAGCGGUGUGUGCCAUGACCUAUGGUCUGAUUAUUAUUGUGAGUGCAAAAGCAUUUUUACUGGAAGCAACUGUGCUAAAGAAAUGUCAGAGGAGCUUGUAUUGCGAUUUAAUGGGAAUGAUUACAUUGAGUAUGUCAUAAAGGAGCGAUUCAAGAGAGACUAUCUGCUGAAAGGAUUGCUCUAUGAUAAACAAGAUGAAAACGGCAGAGCAUCAAGAGUGGUUGAAAUCAAGUUCAAGACCGAAGAUGACGGGGUCUUAAUAUCUGUUGUUGGACAGACAGGAUUCUCAAUGCUAAAGAUAAAAGACAGAAGGCCUGUGUACAUUUCCAAAGAUACACAAUCAGGACACGAGUUAGAUUUCACUGUGGACUCUCCUGUGGCUGAUGGAGUCUGGCAUGUCCUCGCUUUGCUCAGCAAUCGACAGACCACCUUUCUGCAUCUGGAUAAUACAUCAGCCUUAAACAUCACUGAGCACAGUAUGGAUCUCUCUCCUGUUAGUGUGGAAAAGAUUAUUCUUGGUGCAGCUGUGACAGGGUUCACUGGAUGUGUGCAGUAUUUCAAUGUGAGCGGUUACACUCUGCCUGUUAGUGGACACAGUGAGAUAGUAGAAGUCUGGCCAAGUUCGACUCUUAUCCAGCCGAGCUGUAGCUCUCCAGCUGUCUGCCUCUCCUCGUCCUGCUCUGAGGGGGACACAGCAGGGGUGCAUUGUCUCUCUGCACACUGUCAAAACCGUCUGGGUGGUUGUGGACUUGCUUUGAGGAACACAUCCUGUGUCUGUCUACAUAACGUUUCUGACCAUGCCUGUGAUAUCUGCCUCUUAACAACAGAGAGUCGUAACCAAUGCCCUGAGGCGCAGGGCAGCGCGCCCCUAUGGCUCUUGGCUUUGAUUCUUCCUUUAAUCUCCAUCCUUAUGAUUAUAGGAAUUUGUGUUUACAAAGUGAGGCAUCACAAAGCAGAGGGUCAGAGUGAUAGCUCGCAACAUGAACCAGAGCACGGGACUGGCAAUGUAGUGUUUUGCUUUGACGACAACAGAACACUCACAGAUGCAGAAAGCAAUAUGCAAAAUGUCCCGAUAAGGGCAUGUCAGCUGAGGUUAAGUGCAGAGUUCUACCGGGAUGCAAGUUUGACAAGUGUUCUGCCAGUGCCAAAGACUGAGCUAGAGUAUUAUGAAAUCGGCAGCAUCUCUAGUGAACUUCAUUCAGACACUGCCUCAUUGACACUCAGCUGGCACAAGCAUCUGUACAGCACAAAGGGUGUGAAAGCUGAUCCUAAGCAGAGGGGAGAUCUGAGGAUGCUGUUAGCUGAAUUUAAGAAAGAAUGCUCCAGUGAAGAGAGGACAACAAGUCAGAUAAAGCCACAAGACGUUGCUUUCCUGAAUAAGCAGUUGUUGACUAAAAUUGAUUUACAGUAUGCACCAUUUUGUCACAAGAAGAAGUUGGUAGAACUAGAGUAUCUGGAUCCCGUGCGAUGCCUAACUCUUCAAGAAAUUAGUAAACUAAACACUCCUCAGGACAAAACAAUGUCACAUCAAGCAUCCCUGAAGUCUGGACCUACCAAGACCAACACGUUGAUCAACGGCUCGUCUGACAGUGAAGCAGACAGCACAUUAACCGGAUCGGAGUCUGAGUGUGGACAGUUUGCAUGCAACUACAGACCACAAGGCAUCCUCCCUGUCAGCGCACUCUUAAAGCCCACCUUUCCCUCUGAUGCAGGUCAGCAUGAAGCUGAGAGUGCUCCCUCUAGCAUGUUUGAGCAAUGGGAAAAUAUUUUAAAUAUGCACCUUCCGUUUAGCAGCUAUGCCCCCGUAUUUGAGGAUAUAGCAUGUCUACCUACGGACCAAAUGUAUAGCUAUGAAAUGCACAGUGACAAAGAGGAAAUAAUUUGAUGGCCAUUAUAUAGGUGUCAACAAUAGGUCAGGGGGAAAAAGUUAAUAUUUCUGCAGCAGUGGCGAGCCAUCUCUCUGAGGGCCUGAGAUAUUCUAAAAAAGAAUAUUUAAAAACAUUUAAAAAAUAAAAAUAAAUCCUUCGAAUCUGCCUUUUCAGUUUCUGUUGGAAUGUGAAGGGUUAAAUGAAAGACGCUUCUUUGGCUGUCUUCCCAGUAACUCCAGAGACCGCCAAAGAAGCGUCUUUCAUUUGACAUUACGUUCUCGUAAUGUCAAAUGACAGUACAAUUGACCAAUCAUAUUCUCUCUAAAAGGGUGGGUUUUAUUAUCACGGACUUUAUGACAAGUUCCGCCCGCUGUCAAACUAGUGGAAAAGUAGCUAGUUAGCAUCAGAGCUAUCGUUAAUAGCUGAGUUUCAGUCACGUGGUUAUGAUGACGCACGAAGGUGGCGCGGUUUCAGAUGGAGGGCAGGAAGUAAAAAUGGAGAAUACGUCUAUGGAGGAAACCGUUGCAGAGAGUUCGUAUUGUACGGAUUUAGAUCCAGUUUCAAGACAAAGAUACAAGCAAUUAACAAAUAUGUUGGACGUGACCCGUAUCUCAUGAAGAUGAGUGAGUUUUCGACAGAACCUAAAGAUUUGCCAACAACCGAGGCUGUUGAUAUCACACACUAUCUGGUCCUUCAGACAUCCUACUACACCAAACAGCAGAUGAAAGCCUAUACAAAUCUGGAGGCAUAUAACUUUUGUUGUCAGCGGGUGGGUCCACAACUUCGGUACCAAACGGCUCCACGAUGAUUAUCGUUUGGUCUUCGCCAGGGUGAGUGUUUGUUGGAAGACAACCGCCGUGACGUCUGUCAGUUCGUGCGUGGCAACAGGACAUUUGUGGAGACAGGGACAGUGUUGGAUGAAGGGAGGAGUGGACGACCAAGAACAUCUGAGGAAAACAUCCAUCGUGUGACAAGCCUUUGAUCGUUCUCGCUCAUCCCUCCGUAGCCUACUACUGCGAUUGUACGCGUACGUGUGUGAAAUUCGAGGUUUGCAUAGAUUUUCUGACAAUCACAUUUGUAAUAUUUAAUAAUAAUGCUGGUUACACAUCUUAGUACAAUAAUUUACCUUGAUCAUUUAAUGUCCCAUUCCCAAUGAUGCCCUCUGAUUGUGGGUUGUCAGCUGUCUGCUUCAGAUCCGGGCUCCCAGCUGUCUGUUGGAGAUCCAACAUAGCCUCUGCACAUUCCGACUGUCUUUGUUGGUCUUCCUUGAGCUUCAUGCUCUGCUCUCGUUGAAGAGAUGCCUCUGAUUUGGGAUUAGUUUUUUGGUAACCGAGGUUGACCGUCGAAAUUACGGCUCCUCCCACUUUUGAGGCAAAACAACGUUGUCAUUUGAAAAGCGGAAAAUACAAAUUCUGAAGUUUCACAAAUGUAAGAAACCCGUGGAUUUUUGUAUCCUCAAGGAGUUUUGAGAAACAUUUUAAUAUCAGCAGUUAUUCCCGAUACAACUGGAUGACAGGAUCGACAAGGGUAGGCCAAAGUUAUUUUCAAUGUGCCGACUUAAUUGAUUUGAAUUAGCUUUGCCGGUUUUAACAAAAUUACCUGUGUUGUGUUCCAAAAUGCAAGGAUCGCUGUCCAUUGUUACCUGGCUGUGGGGCCUUGUCAUGAUAGGUGUUCAUAAAUUGUUUUUUGUGUGGUAGAGGGUGGCUGUCAUUCAUGCGCA